AGAUCCAAAGCCUGAAGAUGGCGGCAGAGCGAGAUCUCGAAGAGGUUGCGACCUUCAAAAUGAGGGCCGAAGAAGACCGUCGGGAAACACUGGUUCUGAUGGAAAAAAUCGCCAUGUUGGAAGCACCGAUCCACGAUACCGGUUCUGUGCAGAGCCCGGAGGCAGCAGUCCCUGGUGACGACACUGCUACUGACUCUGUGAACAAGCGUCAGAAGAGGUCUUUGUCCAACUUGGACGACAUUCUGACCAAGAUUUCAGAAUUGCGAAACGGACUUCCCACCGGAUCCCAGGGUGCGCCUGGCGAGAAACGACAUGUGGCAACCACAGGAGGCCUUUACAUCCGUUGGGGAAGGAACCGCUGUCCUGCGAGCGCUACUACUGUCUACAGUGGUGUUGCAGGCGGUACUUGGUACGCGCAGACCGGCGGUGGGACCAACUACCUGUGUCUACCGAAGAACCCGCAGUGGGGAAAAUACCAAGACGGGUUCCAAGGAGGCACGGCGUGGAUGUACGGCGCUGAGUACCAGAUUGAGGCCGACGUCCCGUUCGGAGACCGGUCCAUGAACGACCAGAACGUGGUGUGUUCCGUCUGCCACACCGACCACAACAGCGUGCUGAUGAUCCCCGCCCGCAAAACCUGCCCCGCCGGCUGGUACCCCGAGUACGACGGGUACCUGAUGGCAAACUACCGCUACCACGCCGGCUCCAAGGAGUUCGUCUGCAUGGAUAAGCAACCUCAAGCGGCACAUAGUGGCCACACCAACCAGAACGGAGCGCUCUUCUACCCCACGGAAGCCUACUGUGGGUCCCUGCCGUGCCCUCCCUACGUGCAGGGGAGGGAGCUCACUUGCGUGGUCUGCGUCAAGUAAAACCGAGUCUAAAAAGCUUUCGUUUCACUGCAUGUUUUCCUUUGACCUCCUUCACACGAGAAGCGGAAUCAGCAGGAAUGCCGUCAGAAUGGCUAUUCUUUGUAUAUUCAUGGGUAUUCGUAUAGUGCAUUCUAGAAAUUCUCACUGCAUGCGUUCCAGAUAUUUCUGCCCAUUCUUGGCCAUGGGGCCGUCCCGAAUGUUUUUGUCAUGCUCAAAAGUUUCGAGGUGCAUUUGAAGUGGA